AGGGCACUUUGAAAGGCGGCCAUAUUGGUUUUUCGUCCUGACUGAAGGAGAGAGAUGAAGGGGAUCCGAGCAAUCAGUCAACUAUCGAGACGCUUCUAUGCCGCGGCCAGAAAGGGCCAGUCCCUUACCGAGCCUCUGGUUGGUCUGAAGCUCUCUCCCGGGGCUGCCCACUCCUACCAGGACGUUCAUGUAAGCAAGCUGCCCAGCGGACUGGUCAUCACGUCUCUGGAGAACUACUCCCCAGCCUCCAAAAUUGGGGUCUUCAUCAAGGCCGGCUGUCGCUAUGAAACCCCUGACAACCAAGGUGUCACCCACCUGCUCAGGCUGGCCUCCAACCUGACAACCAAAGGAGCAUCAGCGUUCAAAAUCUGCCGCGGCAUUGAGGCGGUGGGAGGCAGCCUGAGCGUGAGUUCUUCCAGAGAGAACAUGAUGUACGUAGUGGACUGCAUGAGAGACGACAUCGACACAGUGAUGGAGUUUCUGAUCAAUGUGACAACGGCUCCCGAGUUCCGUCCCUGGGAGGUGUCUGACCUCACGCCCCGGGUCAAGCUGGACAAAGCACAGGCUGCACAGAACCCCCAGAUAGCUGUGGUCGAAGCUCUCCAUGCAGCAGCUUAUAAGAACGCUCUGUGUAACUCCCUGUACUGUCCAGACCACAUGGUUGACCACAUCCAUUCUGAACACCUUCACCAGUUUGUCCAAAACAAUUUCACAAGUGCAAGAAUGGCUCUUGUAGGACUUGGUGUGGAGCACUCUGUGCUGAAGCAGGUGGGGGAGCAGUUCCUCAACAUCCGCGGCGGAGCCGGAGCCACCGGGGCCAAGGCGCAGUACCGCGGAGGAGAGGUCCGUCUGUCCAGCCUGAGCAGUCAGGUCCACUCUGCCGUGGUGAGCCAGUCGGCUGCAGCCGGCACUGGGGAAGCCAUGGCGUUCAGCGUGCUGCAGCACGUCCUGGGAGCCGGUCCGCACAUCAAGAGGGGCUCAAGCAGCUCCGGCAGGCUGGUCCGGGUGGUCGCCAAGGCAACCACUGAACCCUUUGAUGUGAGCGCCUUCAAUGCCAGCUACUCUGACUCCGGUCUGUUUGGAGUCUACACCAUCUCCCAGGCUGCAGAGGCUGGUAAUGUGCUCAGGGCCGCCCUGGCCCAGGUUAGGGCUGUUGCUGAUGGAGGAGUCACAGCUGCUGACCUGACUCGGGCCAAGGCUCAGCUGAAAGGUCAGUUCCUGAUGUCUCUGGAAACGACUGAAGGUCUGCUGGAAGCCAUGGGCUCUCAGGCUCUGGCUGAUGGGUCCUACCACAGGCAAGAAGAAAUCUCCAAGAACAUUGACAACGUCUCCCUGACUGAUGUUGCAAAUGCUGCCAAGAAGUUUGUGACGAGCAAGAAGACGAUGGCUUCCUCCGGCAACCUCAAAAAAGUUCCCUUUGUGGACGAAAUUUAAAACAAUUAAUAGGUACAGUAGUACCUAUUAAUUGACAGCAAUGUUCAAGUUAUUUCUCCACAUUUGAAUCAAACCAUUUUUUUUAUGCUACAAAUCUCAGAACAUUGUUAUGGUAACACCACUGACUCUUAUCUGUGCCGUGACAGGAUGUUGUUUGCUCCCUGCUGCAUUUCUGUACCGUCUUUCAUCUGUUCAAAUGGCAACUGUAUAGCUGAUGUAAAAUAAGGAAUAAAAUUUAUCUGCCUUCUAAA